AUGACAACUUUAAAAACUCUGAAAAAUAGCAACCAGCUUGCAGACGCCAUCUUGGGUAAGUGAGCUAGUUAUGCGAAUACGUUGAGCAAAAAAUGAUAAUUUUGAGCUGCAAAACCAACCAAAAGUGCGAAUUAUGCUAGCAGUGGUUUUUCGGAAGAUAGAUGAAAAUUGUGCUCGUAACGUGACGAAUUAAUGCCAAAAAUUAUACUUGCACAAUCUAUGAAGCCUAGCGUCAUGUCUUGUCAGCGUAGCCAGCAGAUCACGACAGUACCUUUACUGUGAAGUUAUAAUACGAAAUUUUCAUCUUGGGCGCUUUUCAUUCAUCCCAGAAUUGGGUUAGAAAUCAAAUUGAACGGACCAUUUCGGUUUGGUCUGACAGAAAUAUUUGGCACAAUCUUUGGAGGUGGUCCACUUUGAGUUGGACCGAAAUGUCCCUCUCCAUUUGACAAAAUUGUUGUUUCCAGUACCGCUCUUCUGAAUCCUGUUUACCGGCCUUGGGUCGGGUCAUACCGUUUCACUGAGCGAAAUUAACCCGAAAUUUUUGUUGACUGAAAUGCGGUCCUUGUUGUAAGUUGCAAUCGUUGUUAUCCCUCUUUACAUAAAAGGAUCUAGUACACUAUGGACACUCUCUUUGAAUGAUCUUCUAACAACACCUCAAUUAAUAGAAUUAGGUUUCUUAUAAUCAACGUUUUUUUGUGUGUGUUUGCUAUGGUCCGGCAGGCAUACUGGGAUCUGCCUCAACGUUGUUCCUUCUUAAAUAACUUUGGGGGUAAACACCUGUUUCAUUUGAGAGGCUAAAUUUUUUUUUUUGAAAUAUUACGUGCCUUGUUUGCUAAGGUCCAGCAUGUUGAUUGUGAGGCCCCAUUUAUAUAGAGUUAACUUCAGUCCUGGAUAGAAGAGUCACUCGCUCACUCUAGCUACCCUGGAUCGGUCAACGUUUUGUACGCUUCGUCACAAAGCGCAGUGAACCAUUUGCACGAGAAACAAAAAGUUGGCUUGGCUAGAAGAGAAACCCAGUUGUUACCCUUUUUCGAUGGUAGGGCAUCCUCCUAGCUGGCUAACGUUUCUCCAUAAUAUAUAGAUUUAGCCAACAUAAUAAGCAGUUUCUUUUUUAUUUAGUGGUUUUAUAACGAUGUGCAAUCUUCAAAAGCGUUAGUACGCGCGGCGUUUUGAGUACUCCUACAAGCGAUGUUCAUGAACAACCGAAAACAAACGGCAUAGCGAUUAAAAUUGCAAGAGCGACUACUGAAAAUCCAUAAAAGAAAUAUAAUUCAGUGAAAAAUAUACAGAGACAACAAUUUUCAUUCACGAAGACAAUUAUUUAAGUGUCUCUAAAAAUCCUGGGUCUUCAAGCUUAAAGCAUAACUUUAUGUUUUAAGCCGGCUUUCCGGUGUUUUCUUUUUUCAAAGAUGAACUCGAGCCAAGAAAAUCGCUCAAAAAUUUUAUUUUACAGCCAGAAUUUUAACUAAAUAUUCUUUGGAACGUCUUCUUUCUAUUUGCGGUGAGGAAAUGUCUAAAGGCUUUUAAAAGUUCUGUAAGCUUAUAUAAAACCUGAUCUCGGUCAGAUCAUUGUCUCAAAUCUUACAAACGUGCAUAAGCUAAAUUGACCUCGAUGGGUGGACACCUGAGCCCGCGAUACGGUCAGGUGAUACUGGUCAGCGGAUAUCCUGUUUUGACAGCUGUCAAUUGAUCACAACAUUGAUGUGCAAUAUGUGUACAAUAUCAGUUUUCCUGUCCUCCCAAUCUUGCCAGAAAGUGUGGGAUUGAACAUUGGUAUGCCUGUGGUGCGGACGGACGGUCGUUCGUUCGUUCGGUGUACGGUCACGUGAUUACCAAAUUUUCUGGGAUGGGUAGAUUUACUUACCCAUGGUGUUCCGCUGGCGCGCGCUUCGCGCACGAGAGCUCCGCUAUAAACACUCUGCCUCGUCCGGCUGGGUCAACUCGGGUCAGCUAUAAAUUGGUGUGGCUCACAAUUCUCAAAUGGAUAUUGAAAAGGUACAUAUAUUUAGAAAGGAAAAGAGAAGCAAUUACAGUCCCACAAUCAUUUUAAUUGUAUUUCAGGUAUUCCCCAGACACGGAUGUCCAAAAGAAGUGUUCUACAGUUUGGGUUUAUGAUUGCGUGUGAAACGAAGCGAAGUCCUCUCGAGUACAAUGGUUACGGGUGUUACUGCGGACAAGGAGGAAAAGGAACACCCGUGGACGAGAUUGACUGGUAGAUACCCAUGUUAUAAUACACGAAGUCUGUAAGGGGGGAGGGGGAGCAAGGGCUCCUAAUCCCGCAGUUCCGUUCGAACUUCUGUCGUCUCUAUUUCGAAUAUUGUUUCCCGCUUCUUGGUUAGUGGUUAAGUGUUGAAGUGUUGGACCUGGGGCAUCAAGUAAUUGUCCCGAAUGAUUCCGCGCAAACCCGUGCAAUCGAGAGGACGAACAAGUUUGAUGUCCUCCGAAGAAUUUUCCCUAAAACUUAAUAUUAGAAAAGGUUAUCUAAUAAAAUGUUUUCAAAGCCAUAACGGAUGAAUGUCAAGCAGCGUUUAUUAAAAAAAGUCGGUUAUAGCUUACAAAAAAUCUUACCUGGCAAAAUCCUCACAUUUUAUAUUAUGUACUUUGACAGGUUAGGGAAACAAACCCAACAAAAUCUUUUCCCACUGAAGUAUCGGAUGGCCUCAAAGCUAUAAUCGCGAGAUAAUUUAUCUUUACGUUUUUCGUAUACAAUUAACUAAGUUGAGUAAUUGUUAUCUUGUGAAAAUCUACUAAUUAAUUUUCAGUCGUGUAAUAAAUCUCCUGUAAUAAAGCUUGCUCAAGACCGUUCAGGGAAAUAUCGACCACCUCCCGCUUUUUCUUGUAUAGACCUCGCUGGGGUUGGUCUGUUCUGUCAGGACCUUGGGCCAAUAUUCUACAAGUACGGUCCUUGCACUUCGUUAAUAACAUAUACGUACAAUCCUAUCACCCUCAUUUACACGGGCUUUAACAGGCAAGGGGAGAGGAUGGCGCUCGUGUUCCCGGUUUUCGCAUUACGUAUCAACCCUCCAGAGUUUUUACCUCCCUAAAUUAUUAGAGGAGCUAAAAGCUAAAAUCUAUACAUUUUUUUUUUCGAAAGGGUUCCUCGUUUUGUGAUAGAGAUAUGCUUGAAUUUCUAAGCUUUUGCGUGACGCGAAUUUUACAUGGUGGCCGAGAAAGCUGUCAUGUUGGUUGAAAAAGUGACCUAUUUGGGAGAUAUAUGCUGUAUUAAUAGUCAUUGUAUUAGAAAAAGUAAUACUUUAGUGUUUAUGAGUUCCUCUAGACAUGAAUUCCUGCUUUAGUAGCAAAACUCAGCGACAGAUGUUUCUGUUAGUUUCCUUGCGUUAUGUUGGUGUCCAUCCGGAUGGGCACCAACAUGACGUCUCCAUACAAAGCUCUAUAAAUUUUGGUAAAUCAUUUCUUCCAAUAUCCCGCAUAUCAAAAUUGUACUGACCUGAAUCUUAACUAGGGUCUUUGCAUAUUUACCUUCUUCUAUUUCCCAGAUACUGGACUUUAUUUAUUAAAAGGUUUUGAUCUUUUGGCUUUUCUUUUAUUUUUAAUGGCUUGAUAGUGAAAACCAGCGAUUAGUGUUUCAAACAAACUGCGACCACAUGGUUCUUUUUUCAGAAUGCUGAUUUCCAAUUCUUAUUGCAGGUGCUGUUAUGCACACGACAUGUGUCAUUAUAAGUUGCAACCGAAAGAAGCUUGCGGCAGGUCCUAUCACAUUGUUGAGUUGUACUUAAUUCCCUACCUACGGAAGGGUUGUUCGGGUUGUGGUAAGUGUAAUGAUCAGCGGUAUCUCCGUACGCAUGCGUACAUAGUUAUUAGUGUGUGAGGUUCGACCAUGUUGUGUAGUUCCGUACUAGAGAUUAAAAAUUUUUGGAAUCCUCAACCAUCCUAGUUGUUAGUAAAGAUUAUUACAGUAAAUGCGUUCCUUGAUCUAAUUGCAAUAAAGCAGUAUAGUACAACAGAUGUGUGACAACAAGAAUAAUUUACUUCACCAAGAUGGCGGUCUUACAAGAAGUGAACUCACUACUAAUGAGUAUGAUAAUCACAGGACACCCAACCAGUAUAUUACAUAAUCACUGACAAUUAAUAAGACCCCGCAACCCCAUCAAAAAUUAAAGACACAACAACAGUAACAAACAAACAAACAUAUAUAAUAAGACUGGUUUAUCAAUAAAAUCGUCGCGCUUAGAAAUAAGCGAAUUGCGAAAUUAUUUUACAAAGAUAUAGAUAUUAAUUAAAACAAUAAUAAAAAAAAAUCAAUUUAAACUAAUUACGUCGUGUUCAAAAUGGACUGGGCCUUACAAUCAUGAGAAGAUAUAAUACAAUAAAUUAGAUAAAAAACUAGAAACUAGAAAUAUAUAUCAAUUUAUACAUUGAAUUUCCAUAAGUUCCUAAAUUACAUGCCAUGAGCAUAAAGGCACAUCGCCGGAAAAAGCUUCGUUUAAAGCGUUCAGUUUUGCAACUUAUAAGGGAUGGUCUGUCUUUGUUGCGAAGGGAGCGACCGUGCGCCUGCGACCGAGUCGGUGGAACAAGAUGGCAAAGACGGGACUCGGGCUCUUUUAUCUUGGUAAAUAAUUUGCUACACAACUCCAUUCUUCUCGCGUGAAGUGAUACACACCCGGUAGUAGCUAAAGCCUCCUGGUAGUGCAGUGCACGAAAGAUGAUGCGCUGCGCCCGUUUCUGCACUCGCUUGAUGCUAUCUGAUAGUUUGACGGAGAGGGUAUUAUGCCACACAGGACAACAGUAUGUAACAGAUAUAUGUCAACUACCUUACAAUACAAAAUGAGCCGAACCUAUAGUGAAUCCAAUGCGCUUAUUUCGCACACCCCCUUUCCAUCCUUUAAUUGGAUGUAAUCAACACACUCUAACUAAUGAGAUUCUAACCAUCUUGUAUUGGCUUAAAUUUUAUAAAAUUUUGCAGCUCUUGCUUAUUUUAAUAAUUAUAUCAAAGCAACUGAAUAAAAAAAAAAACAAUAAUCAACAGCAUAAGACGUAAACUUUCUAAGGUUUUGCACUGAAAAUUUGACAUCAACAUGUUGUAAGAUAUAUUGUGGGGUGUAUGCAGUUUGCAAAAGUAAAACGCUCUUGUGGCUGCACGAGGAUAUAAGACACACAGCAAAUAAUGGCAGCGUGCAUAAUGUAAGUGUUUUUGCAGUAUUUUCUAACUUGAAACUUUCCUUUUUUUAUAUUGCAGUGGGAAGCCCUUGGAAUUCUUGCGUUCAGAAGAAGCUGUGCGAAUGUGAUGCCGAGGCUGCAAAAUGCUUUAAGAAGUACGAUUCAAAAUUCAAUGAGAACUACAAGAACUACCUGAAAUCAACGUGCAAAUGA